GCUGACGUUCUGUUGCAUAUGGACAAAAAAUCCUUUUCAAUGGACUCAAUCUUAUCUCGAUUUGGAUAUAUGGAAACUCAACCCUAGAAAUACACCAAAACUUAUCAUUAACCUCGAAAACAUUUAUAAACUUGGAGCGACCAGCUAUGACAUAAUUAUACCGGAUG